CAGAUCCAGACAGGGCCAGGCGCAGUGUAAUCACAAUCAGUGCAGUUUCGGUAUUGGUUGUGCUUGGGUUCCUCUGUCAAUGAUUGUUGCAAGAUUUUCAAGGUCGACUUGGAUUCAUGCGUCCAUAAUAUCAAGGAGGAAACUGCACCAUUCAAGAAAAAUCCAGUUUGGCAUCAAAGAGUUGUGCGUUUAUAUCUGCUUUUCCGUCGAUGCAAAAAGAAUGACGUGGCAUUGGUCUUGGCUGCGGCAUUAAGGGCUGGCGCGCCAUAUAUACACGCCGAAUUUCAUCUCUAUUAAAAAUAAUUGGAGCCGCAGCAGCAGAGACAAAUAACGACGCGGCACAUAUAUUCCCCCCGUGUCGGUUUCGAUCAUCCGUUGAAAACACCAACGAGAACGAGUUGGGCUGUUUUGUUGUUGUGAAGAGAAGAGUUUUUAUCGUGCGGCAUCAUCGCUUUCGAGGUCCUUCUCGUUCCAGUAUUUUCUUCCGUCCCACCCACUACAAUUCGGCUGCGCGCGGAGAACGAACCUUCCUUCUCUGUCUGGUCGUUGGAUCCCUUCAGGGAACUUUUUUUAUUCAAAGGUACUUUGCAAAAGAAGAGCGGAAGCGCGGAGAAGAAAGAGCGAAGGUCGCUUCGAUUUGGUGCGCGAAUAUUAAAAAUUGAAGGCGACGAGAACGCGACCGGGUGUUGUACGCGAACGGUCGUUUGGAGUUGCGAGUCGCGGUGCUCGGGCGGUUGUUCGUGGCUGGUCGGCGCGAGUCGCGCACUCUCGGGCGCACCCAGGCCCCCGAGACGGCAGUUGUCGCCGAGAAGCGGACGAGAGCACAUCGCCAUGCCUGGAUGCAGUGAACGGAGAGUUGGAGCGAAAUGAUCAAGCGCUGGAGCCCGAGGGCGUCGCCCCUGCGGCUGUCCGAGCUGUCGCCGCUCGCGUCCGAGGACGAUGGUCUGCGGUCAGCCGGCUGCACGGUGGUGCUCGAUCAGCUGCCCUCGGAGCUGCUCGAGUCGCUGUCGUCGGACGGUCACGUCCGAAUGAGUCUGCCGACACCACCGGACUCGGUGCGCGGAGACGACGGCGCCGAGCAGGACACCGUGUCUGAGCUCCUCAGAGACAUGGUCGACCGACUGGACGCGCCGCGGAGGCGCAAGAAAAAAAGCAAGUCAAAACACAGGAGGCACCACCACGAACGGCCGAGGGUCAGUCCGAUCUUCGUGUGGGUCCGACAGGCCGAGGAGGGCGUCAUUGGGGAGGUGUGGUGCGAGGAUUACGACAAACGUAACCGUCUCAGGUUGACCAAGACCCCCGCCGGCUGGCGCGCCAUCCCACGGACGCACACGUUAUCCGAACUGCAGGGCGCCAUCCGGAGGGACAGUGCGGACAGUAUGACGGGAUUAAGUGACGAGGACGAAAUGUCCGAGAGGGAGGAUGGUAAAGUCCAGGUUGCCGAAGUUCAGGUAGACCAAAACCCUGAGCUGGAGGACAACGCCUCCGAGCACCAGGACGACGUCCUUGACAUUCCUGAUCACGAAGAAGAGGAGGAUGACCCUGAACUUGAAGACGUUCCUGAGGAGGAUAAUGAGGAGGAGGAAGAUGUUCCAGACCCUGAGGAAGAAGAGGGCAAUGCCCUUGAAAUGGAGGAAGACGUUCCACCCACCUCUGAGGAAGUUCCGACAGCCAAGGAGGUUGAAGAGCCGGUGGAAAAUUUGGAGGGGGAAGAAAAGAGUGUAAGUGAAAUUCGUACUGAAAAGCUGGAAAGUGAUUACGCGAUGGUUUCACAGGGUUGUGUCAAAAAGGAAGAACUUGAAGACACCGACGAGAAACCGGCAGUUGUUAACCCUGAGUUGGUGGCCGACCUGAGCGCCAAGAAAAAGGAACCAGGCCCAUUACCCUGUCGAAGCCCCUUGCUGCGACUUCCUCCCCUCCCUCGCAAACCCCUCCCCAGCCCUAACCUCCAGCAGCCACCCUGCGAGUACCGCACGCCCAGUCCUGCGCACCAGGCUGUUCCGUUGGCCCUUCCAGGAAUUCCAAGGUCUCUGCAAUCACCCUUGCCCGCCCACGUGCACGAGAGACCCCCCAAGAGGCCCCUGGAAACCCCAGAGGCCCCUGCAAAGAGACUCAAGGGCGAACCAACUCUGAGAGAACUUCUGCGCGAGAAAAAGCAUGAAUCGCGCCUGAUGGAACUUCUGACCACCAGCGUGAGCACCGCUACCCCCAAAAGGCCGCCCCCGGUGGUGCCUUCAGCCCCCAUGGACGCAUUGGCCCAACUGAGGCUAGUCAUGUCUCAACUCAGGGUGCCCGACCCUUUGCUGAUUCCGCAGUCUCGACUGUCGGCGCUGCUGGCCAGUCCGGCCACCGAAAUCCCGCGCCUCCUGGCAGUGCCCCCGUCGCUGCUCGCGCCGGACGUCAUUCCCGUCGCCCUGGACAGACUGCAGGCCCUGCUCCAAAGGCCCGACUCGGAACUAUUGGCCUGGGCGGCCCAGGACUGGGCCCUUCCGGGACCUCCGGCGUGGCCGCCAGCCAGUCUGACCGCCCUCCACCUGGCAGCCAUGGGCUUCUGCCCCCCGCCCCCGAUGGACACUUGGCACACCCCGCCACCCCCAGCCAAGCUGCAGUCGCAGCUCCCCGCUCAGGUGGCGGCCCCCAUGAAAAGCCACCCUGCUCCAGCUGGGCACCAGAAGCCGCGCAUCGCCUGCAAGGCGCUCAGUGACCUGAUGCCCAAGAAGAACAAGGCGCCCAAACAGAGCAGCGCCCCACUAGUCUCGACGCCCUCAAAUCUCACCGUGGGACUCCAGGGGGCGACCAAGAACCUUCCACAACUGUGGCACCCUCUAUUUGGAAGUCACACGAGCGACUCGUGGAACUGGCGGAAGACGGUGCCCGUGCACGGGGACUGAUGGCCCGGUCGAACCUUCGGCCGGACAAAACUGCAACUUCUCGCCUCAUUGUGAUACUUGUCAGCACCGGCGGCGCACCGAGUGCCAUUAGAAAUGUACAUAUCGGCUGCACCCCCGGACAGUGUACGUGAAUCAAAUUCAACCUCUUUGUGCGCGUCGGACUUAAAAGUUAAAAAAAAAAAUGAUGAGAGACAGCCAGAUGAAAACUAUGCGUGCGGCUGGUGCUGACCGAGCAGAUACCAAAGCAUAAUGUUAACAGAUUAAUUAUUUGAGAGACUCUUCCCCUGGCCAGUCAUGAGUGGAUGACAAAACGCAACUUGCCAGUCUUUCGUUCAGCCUUUUCUCUUGACCAUAAACAUUACAAUUCUCUGUUAGAAAGUUUUUCGUCUUUUGAUUUGCUUUUGAUUUUUAUUGUUUUCCACCACCGAGACCAGUCCAUAAUAUAAACACUCGCGGGUACAAAAACGAGAAAAAACAGAAUCGAUGUAUGAAAAAAUUAUUACGUCAGUGGUUGUACUACUAAAUGAGAAAAUAAAACCCUCUGUACAGAAUUAUACAC